CUCCGUUGCGUUCUCUCUUCUUCACGAAUUGCGGUAUGUAAUCCGCUCUAAAUCAAAAUUCGAUGACCGGUGCUGGACCUGAACAAAGCUGGAAAUGGCACCGACCACGGAGUCCAGGCUGAAUGUGGAUGCUCUGAGUAAGAGAGAUGUGCUGCUGCUCUUCAGUGUGCUGGAGGGAGAGCUGGAGGCUCGAGACCUCGUCAUCCAGGCCCUCAGGGCCCAGCGCAGGGAUGCACGCGUGUGGGAGCACUAUGGCAGAUAUGACCUGAGCAAUCCUUUUCUGGCCCUGCAGAGGGACAGUGAGGUCCUCCAGGGCUCUGCUCAGCCCAAGGAAGAUGAAGCAAACUCUUCCCAGAGACAAGAGGACAAAAAAAAAACUGAUCCUCUGUCCAUGCUCAGAGAGGUGGUGGGACAUUGCAGAACGAUGCGGGAGAAGAUGCUGAAACAGCUGGCAGCUGCUGAGAGCAGACACAGGAAGGUCAUUGCAGAUUUAGAGGAAGAGAAGAGGAGGCACGCUGAGGAUACAGCCGAAGGAGAUGAUGUCACCUGUAUUUUAGAGAAAGAGCGAGAGCGCCUCCUGCAGCAGUUGGAGUUUGAGAAGUUGAAGGUCUCCCGCAUAGAGAAGGAGAAUAAGCGCUUGCAUGAUCAGCUGGAGGACGAGCGUGUGCAGCACAAGCAGCUGAUGGCAGCACUGGGCCGCGAGUGCAAGCGCUCAGGCUCCCGUGCCCACGAGGAGGCACAGCGGGCAGGAGAGCUCAGCCGCCGUCUGGAGCGUGAGCGGACCAACAGUCAAACCCUGAGGGCGGAGCUGGAAGAGGAGAAGAGGCGCGCCAUGCAGAUGGAGGCCAUGAGGGAGGAACUGUUGGCAGAGUCUGACACGGAGAGGGAGCUGCUGGCUCUGCGGCUGAGGAAGGAGGAGGAACGCUGCAGGCAACUGCAGGAUGAGGUGGAGAGCCUGAGAAGAGAGGCACGAGAGCUGAGAGGAGAGGAGGAGCAGGUAGAGAUGCAAAUGAGCAAUGGUGCUCUGGAGGGCAGUGUGGAGAAAACGAGUAAGAACCAGACAAAGAUGAACGGUCACCACACCUCUGUAAAACAGGAAGACAGUAGCAAGAGGCAGAAGACGGAAAAUGAGGAAAACGGAGGUUUUCAUCCCAGUAUAACUCCUAGCCAAAGUGAACUGAUCAGUGGGAGCCCCUCACUGUCUAAUGUGAAUACUGACAAUCUGUCAUCCUACAAUACAGGCAGCAGCCCACAAACAAACUCCUCCCCCAGCGUUCAGGCUGCCUAUCAGGCUGGCAUCCAUCAGCGUUUCCACGCAGCCCGUCACAAGUUCCAGUCCACGGCUGAGCAAGAGUCUCAGCCCACCUCUCCUUUUCCUCCCCUCUCGCCCUGCGCUUCCCCAGUUCCCCCACUGGAGGGCAGUGCCUCCAAACAGGCGGCCCGCAGCACACUCACCCAGGCCCUGAGUCGCUUCAGCAGCCAGCAGAGCUCCAAAGCAGCUGCCCCUAACAGCUCACCCUUCGGCACAGACUACCGUGCCCUGUCUCCUGGAGUUCGCUCGCCCACUAUCCCCAGAGCUGAGAGGGGGAUUCCACCCCCCAUCCCGCCUAAGAAGCCAGGCCUGGCCGAGACCCCACCCUCUCCAGCCACUCUCCGAGCCGCCCACUUGGCUCAGAUGUCAGCUGGUUGUGGACGUAAAAGUACACCCGAAAACAGCAAAGAACCAGAUCUGCUGCUGUCCUCUAGCGGCUAGCUGGCACUCAUCACCACGUUUGUAACUACACUGUUAAAACAGGACGACAUAAUUGUUACAGUUAACCCUUAAAUGCACAGCUGAAUCACAAACAUUCAUUCUUUCUGUCCAAAAGUCUUAGGCAUCUGAGAAAAUGGUAUGUAAAGACACUUAAAUGGGCAGUAAGCAUUUAUUUGUUCAGAAAUCACUUAACAAUAAAAUAAAAAAUAAAUAAAUAAAGAGUACAUUAUGAUAUAUAUGAUGUAUGUCUGUCAGUGUGUUAGCUUAACCGUUUCCAAAUCCCUAAUUAAGAAAGCCCAGUUUUUAUAGUUAACAUCCAUCUUCACCUUCACUGCUGAUGGAAUUCAGCAAAUUUAUACAAUGACUGUAGUGCACCGAAAAGUCAGCAACAAACGUGUGUAAUUCUUACUGUAUUCUUUGAACCAAGAUAGUAGUCAGUGUUUUUAAAAAAAACAAUUCUUGUUACAUUUUACUGUAUUCACAGUUGUAUGCAGAAGUUUGUGGGCCCCUCAAAUUACGUUUUGUUUUGUGAAAAACAGUUAACACAUUUUUGUUUAUUUGCUGAAUUUAACACAGUGGGAAAAAAUAAAACAUAGAACUUUGUAAUUUAAAUAAAGUUCUGGUGUUCAGACAUUUGCAUUUUAUUUGUCUUUAUUUUAAUGUUAUAGUGGUAGAAACACAAUUACUGCCAAGAAAAAUACUUCUUUAAUAGUUUCUUUAAUGACCAAGACUUUUGCACAGUACUGAAUUUUGUGUCGUUUGCAAAUCAGCACUUAUAUUUAUCUGCAAACUAAUGCAAAAUUGUCCAAAGUUUAUUCCACAGUGACAGAGUUACUUGAAUGUAUUAGAAAACAUUUUGCUACAUAUUGAUAUUUGUCACAAUGUUAGGUGAGUUGGGGGAGGGAAGAAGGGAAUGAGGUCACAGGUCACUAACCACCUGAGGGUUGCAUUUAAGGGUUAAUUGCAUUUUCCCCCAUCAUGUGUUGAGCACUGUUGAGUUUUUAUUUGAUGGUACUAUGGGACUCUCCCUGUUACACACAGACUGAAAACUUUCAGGACUUCUAUGUAUUUGUACUACAUGAUGUUCAGAGAGUUGAACACAUAUAACUUUACAUUUGAUUUUGUGUCAUUGUGCCAAAGGCUUGUAUAUUGUAUAAGGUCCUCUAUGAGUAACCAGUUUUUCAGCUUUUCUUACAUUUCAUUUACACAGCACAGCUUGUUUAUUUUAUUAACAUAUUUUUAUGUCUUGUACUUGUAUCUAUAUUUGUGUGUCUUGUGUUUGUAUCCUUCUCAGAACAUUUUCUAGUUAAUACACUGUAUUGUGUGUUUGUAACAGAUUGCAUGUGCAGACAAAUGCUUUUUCAUAGCAGAUUUUGCAUAUGUAUAUCUGUACAAUAUUAUGUACCAACUAUUAGCUCAACUUCUGCUGCAGUAUUCUAUUCAGUGAUAUAAGUAUUAGAAAUCACAUGAGAUUGCAUGAUUUUCAUAAUAUUUGAUAAUGUUUAUCUCAGAGGUUCACAUAUGCAGUGUAUUAUUUUUGUGAUACACUAUCCAGAUAAUGUAUACUUUUCACAGUGGUCACACAAUAUAAUGUUUUCAAUAUCACUGUUUGUAUUUAUUGUAUGAGUUGUAUAUAUAUUCAUUAGGGAUGCACAGAUAGAUUUUUUUUUUUUACCCAGUCGUUCAAAAGUAGUUUGGCUGAUUUUUAUUAGCCUGUUUUUACCCCUAAGCUUACUCUGUGUGGGCUAGAUAAACACAUGAAACACACUAGCAUAUUUUUAAAUUUGUAAAUAAAUAAUUGGUCAUGUUAUUUUAAAUAACAUGAAUCAAAUAAGAUGCUAUAUGGAAAGUAAGAGGCAGCUG